CACGGUUUGAAGCACGGGAAACUAACGAUGAGACAACCGGAAGUUUAGAGUGCAGCCUUUAAGCAGCUAGCAGUAGCUCUCAAUCCAUUUACUCUAACGUUUCAUUCUCCUCGUUGGGUUUCCAGCAAAAGCAGGAAUGUCCGAAAGAAAAGUAUUGAAUAAAUACUACCCACCGGAUUUUGAUCCAUCCAAAAUCCCAAAACUUAAACUCCCUAAAGAUCGUCAGUAUGUGGUCAGAUUGAUGGCUCCAUUCAAUAUGAGGUGUAAAACAUGUGGCGAGUACAUCUACAAGGGGAAGAAGUUCAAUGCACGCAAAGAGACUGUUCAGAAUGAGCUGUACAUGGGACUGCCCAUCUUCCGUUUCUACAUCAAAUGUACUCGGUGUCUCGCUGAGAUUACGUUUAAGACUGACCCAGAGAACACGGACUACGCAAUGGAGCACGGUGCAACACGAAACUUCCAGGCAGAGAAACUCAUUGAGGAGGAGGAGAAGAGAAUCCAACAGGAGAGGGAAGAAGAAGAACUGAACAACCCGAUGAAGGUGUUGGAGAACCGCACAAAGGAUUCCAAGAUGGAGAUGGAGGUUCUGGAGAACCUCCAGGAGCUGAAGGAGCUGAACCAGAGGCAGGCUCAGGUGGACUUCGAGGGAAUGAUCGACCGGUACAGAGAGAUGGAGAAGAGAGAGAGGGAAAGGGAGAAGGAAGAGGAUGAGCGAGAGACAAAAGACAUGUUGGAUCGUGCCCUUGUGAAAAGACUCAGAGACUCUGACUCAGAGAAGGAGGAGGAGGGCAGUAGCUCGCAGUCAAAGAAAUCCAGCACAGGCAAACCAACAGACAUCCUCACCACUGACAAACCCACAGAAGCACCGGGAACCUCAGCUGGAGGAGUGAAGAGGGCCAAGGUGGAGAGCUGGGAGAGGAGUGUGGGGACGCUGGGCGGUGGAGGGGCACUAGGGUCCCUGGUGGUGCGGAAGAAACCAAUAGCAACUGUCAACAAACCCAGUCCAGUGGUGGCGGCUGUUGCUGCUCCCGCAUCACAAACAGAUUCAAAGGCAUCUGCAGCAGACUCCAAGAAUGCCUCCAAGCCCGUUACCACACAAAAUGGGUCGUCAUCGCUCAGCCUGCUGGGGGCGUAUUCAGACAGUGACAGCAAUGACAGCGAGUGAAAAGAAGAUACUUGGGAUGGAUUUUGAUUUUAGUGACAGACACACAAUUGUAUAAAUAAUGCAGCAAGGAAUUUAAUGGUAUGGACCUUUUUGUAAUGCUGCACAGAAAUCAAAAUCAUGUGUAAACCAGUUCGUGGGUCUCUCCUAUGAAAACCUUUCUAUAAAGACUGAUAAGUCAGCGUGUUGGUGGGCAGUCAUUAGCAGGAAUUGUAUUGUCUGCUGUCAGUUUGUCAAAAAUCUUUUGAUGCAAAUUUUCCCUGUGAGAAUAUUAGGUGUAUAUUUUAGUGUUUAUUAAAAUCUGUUUGGACAGUAAA